AUGAGCAAAAGCAUCCCAUUCUGCGACCACACGCACGGAGUAGGCGUGGCGACAAUGUUCCCUGAUCAAGUCAAGCAAAAAACAUUUCUCCUAGUAGGUCUCAAAAGAGGCGAUCUUGCCGCAACAACCGCAGACGCUCUCGCCUACGGCGGCGCAGGAACAAUUAUAUUCACGGGCCUCUCCCAGCGAGAACUGCAACCAGUAAUCGACCACCUCAAUCGCAAACACCGAAAUGUGACGAUACUCUUCGUACCCAUCAAUACCGCCAGCUUAUCUUCAGUCCGUGAUGCAGCGGAGACCAUCAAGAAGAUGGGGGAAUUGAUCGAUGGCUUCAAAGAUGGGAACGAGUCCCAUUUCCAGCAAAACUAUCUGACGUAUUUCCUUUUGAUUCGGCUGUUGAUGGAUGUCAUGGCGUCGACUUCUAGGAUUGUGGUUGUUACGACGAGUUUGAGGAACGAGGCGCCAGCGCCGACGUGGGAGGAUGUUUGGUUUGCGGGUGGGGAGACAUAUCAUUGUCUAGAUGGGUAUGCACAAUCCAUGCUGGCGAAUAUCCAGUUUGUCAAAUCUCUUGCAAAGAUAGGCAAGGAUCGAUCGAUGUCAGUGUUUUCUGCGAACCCCGGAAACACCAAGACCAACGUCCAGACCUACGUUUCAUGGGAGGAGAUAUCCUCCUGGCUGCAACUGCGCAGAGAAGCGGGCGAAGACCUCCCCAUCCUCCUGCAACAAGCGCCAAAUCGCUCGCGCAAGGCAGUGCCACUGUCCUGCGUGGACUGCUCGAUCCGGAGCUCGAAGGUAAGCCAGCGCCCGAUAACGCCGCCACACCACUCACUCGAGAUACGAUCUCGUAGCAUCUUCUGGUGCCUUUCUCGAUCAUUGCCAAGCCCUCCCAUUGCCGUAUCUCGACUUUCCGGCGGGGGAGAAGAGCGCCGAGGCGUUAUGGCGCCGUAG